GAAUUUCUUGUUGCGUAUACUACGAAAAUCCUCUAUGUAAAAAAAAGCGUUUGAUUUCACGUCAUCUAACGUGUAAUAAAUCGAAAUUGAACAAACAGUAAGUUUUUAGAAGGUUUUUCAUGUUACAUAAAUCGAAUGUUACUGAAGUGUUUUAAAUUCGUUAAAUAUGUAUGUUGUUGAUGCUGCAAAAAUUGAAAACGGAGCGACAAGGCUAACCGUUGUACCUUACGUGUGUUCUAUUUGCAAAAAAGCAUUUUUGCAAGAAAACACAUUGUUAGAGCACGUUCAAGAACACGAAGGAAAAGAAGAGUUCCAUGUUCAAGAAUGCGAAGGGGAAGAAGAGUUCCAUAAUCUGCAAAAUGAAGAGAGAGAAGUUUUUGUUCAAGAAUCAGAUGACGGAACAGAUGUGCAUGGUGAAGAAGAUAAAGAGUUUCAGGAAACUGCGCCUGAAAACUCUUCGCUAAAAAGCGAUGUCAAACCUCAUGCGUGUGAUGAAUGUGACCGAAGAUUUUCUUCCAAAGCUUAUCUGCAAAAACACAUUUUACUCCACAAUGGAGAAAAGCCUCAUGCGUGCACAAUUUGUCUGAAGCAGUUUGCUUUGAGAGAUAACCUACAAAAGCAUUACCGAGUGCACGAUCCUUUGAAGCAACGGUUCUAUUGCACAAACUGUGGGAAAGGUUUCACAUCGAAGCAGUACUUGCAGAAACAUGAACUCAUUCAUCAAGGGGUGAAACCUCAUGUUUGUGAAAUAUGUCAGAAAGCUUUCACUCUGAAAACGAACCUCAAUAAGCAUUACUCAACACAUUCGCUGGACAAAUCGAGUUUCAUGUGUGACAUCUGCAAUAAAGGAUUUUCGUCGAAAGCAUAUCUCGAGAAGCAUCACUUGAUACAUGUCGGGGAGAGGCCUCACGUGUGUGGAGUAUGCUUCAAAGCAUUCACUUUGAAAACUAAUUUGCACAAACAUUAUGUCACUCAUACUGGUUUUAGGAAGUUUGGCUGCAACAUUUGCAACAAACGUUUUAAAACGAAGGGUUCUCUUGAGACCCACUUUUUAAUUCACGAUAAACAACGUCCUUAUACUUGUGAAUACUGUCAAAAAACGUUUAAGUUGAAAAGUCUUCAUGAAAAGCAUGAACAAACUCAUUUAGUGUCCUAUUGGUCUAACAAAGGCGAUUCUUCUGCGAAACAACGUAUGAGUUACCCAUCCAUACAAAGGUUAAGUGCUGAAGGAUGGCCAAAUAAUAUGGAUAUUAAACAGGAACUGUAACUUUAUUCCCUUUAAGCCACCAAUAUAUCUUUAUGUCAAAUUACAAAAGUGUUGAACUUGUUUUAUAAAUUGAAUCUUUUCUUUUAAGAAGAGCACAAGUCACAUUUGUUUUGAAAAAUCAAUCAUUUAGAUUGAUUAAAAUAUUUUCUGUUUGGACAUCUGAAGUGUUAGAAAUAAAGUCGAAUUAUCGUAG